AUGUCGGGAGCAUCUCUAGCCGCAGACGUGAUCACGUCCGAGCCGUAUUGGAGGGGACGGCCCGUGAGCGUGCCGCCAGUGGGAACAGCUUACGACGAUGAGAGUCCGCGCAGCCGUCGCAGCAGCGGCGGAGGCAGCGCCCGCCGACGGCGCUCCCCUGUGGGGUCGGGCAGCUGGGAGGCUCCGCUUCACUCCAUGAGCCCCAAGUCCCAGAAGCACACGCAACAGUCGCCGCCGCGCGACCAGCUGAAGCAGGGAGCACAGCAUGAAGGGUCUGGUUACCACUAUGGACAGGGCUCACAGGAGCAUGGUGGGGGGUUGAGCAUGAAUUCAGUGGCAGCAACCUCGUUCAUGGGGUCAUUGAGCUUUGUACAGGUUCAAAUGAUGGCGUUUAUUGUGGUCUUCACCAGCAGCGGUCUCGUGCCUCUAGAGGAGAUCUUCUUCGUCCUCUUUCUAACGCUCUACUCAUCCAUUCUCGCAACAUGGGCCUUCCCCCCAGUUUCCCGCUCAGCCCCCCCAAAGGUCUUCAGUGGAAGUAGGCUGUUCAAAGUGCACGUGACCGCUGGGGCAGUGAUUGGGAUGUUCCUGCCACUUUCCUACGUCCUAGGAGGUAGGUUCGCCAAGAAUGACCAUAUGGCAGUGGAGUGCGUGACCCCUCACCUCUUCCUGCUCUCCUGCCAAGUGCUCACAGAGAAUAUCAUUGUUGAUCUUACAUAUGUCUCUCUUCCAGUGCGUGCCCUCAUCCCUAUUAUGUACAACUGGCAUCGCCUUUCUCUGCUGGCGGAGUGGAAUCGCCGCCUCCUUCAGGUGGCAGCAGCAGCCACAUCAGCCGCUGUUUCUGAAUCUGCUGACGGCGUGAGCAGUGGAGCAAGGAUUCCUUCUGUUGCUGAAAAAGCAUCCCAGGCUGGCCCAGGCUCGGAUGUAUCUCCCAAGGCAGACGACACUACGUUGUCGGAACAGAACGCGACGGCGAGAGAGGCUGGGACGAGCUUAGGCUCCGACCAGAAAGGCGGUGGUGUUGACAAUAACGGGACAGACGCCGGGAUUAACGUCGGGACAGACGCCGGGACUGGCGCCGGGACUGGCGCCGGGACUGGCGCCGGGACCGACGGCGGGACUGACGGCGGUACUGACGGCAAGCCGCAAGGCGACGGGACGAGCGGUGCGGGAGAUGGGGGUGGUGGUGUUGGCAAUGAAGCCGGUGAUGGCAGUAAUUCCGGUGACGGUAGUAACGGCAGUGGCGGUAGCGAUGCGGCAGGUAACGGAGUCAAUUCAGGAACCUCGCUGGACGACACGGGCGGACUGAGCACGGAUGGACUGACUUCCCCCGACGACUCCUCGUCGUCACUGCUUUCCUCCUCCUCAUCCGUACCCACCUCCUCCCCAUCCAAUUCCUCUUCCGCUUCCUCCGCCUCCGCUUCCGCUUCCGCCUCCGCCUCCGCCUCCGCGUCCCUCGAGCGCAAGUACAGCGACGCCAUCGCCUCCUCGUACAUCGUCUAUCUCCGCGCCCUGCCGGCCGUUCUCAAUUACAACGGCGGGAUUGCCGGCUACCCGGCUACUUCACCCUCUGCCACCCCCUCCACCCCGUCCUCCUCGUCCUUGUCGCCGUCACCGUCGUCAUCGCAAAUUGACACGUCGGUUUUUGACAUGACGUCUUUAAAGCCGUCCAGCCUCCUCGAGUCGCCUAACAGCGACACGGGCAACGCUGCCACUGUCGCCAGCGCUAGCAGCAGCAGCAGCAGCAGCAGCAGCAAGAGCAAAUCGAAGCUACGGGGGGGGGCCGCGGUGCGGCGCGUGAGGCAGCGCCUGCGCAGUCGACUGCGCGCCGAUGUGCGGCUCGGCACCGUCAAGGCCUUCGGGGACCUCCUCACGAGGCUGCACCGUGACGUGGCAGAAUCCGUCCAGAUCCCGCUCUCCCGCAUUUUCCGGAGCUACACGUACACGAUGAACGCGUUCGGAGCGCGGUUGACGCCGAAGCAGGUGCACAAGCUGCGGCGGCACGCGGCGGUCGCGAUGGUGCGACCGGAUAGGCUGGUGCAGCAGCGGACGGUGCACGUGCCGACGUUUCUGGAGCUGCCCGCGACGCUCUGGGGCAGCAAUGGUGGGCAGAAGAAGGCGGGCGAGGGGAUGAUAAUCGGCGUGGUGGACUCGGGGAUAUGGCCGGAGCACCCUUCGUUCGACGAUGCGGGCUACGGACCCAUCCCGGCGCGGUGGUCGGGUCUGUGCGUGAACACGAGCGACUUCAACGGCGCGUGCAACCGCAAGGUGAUCGGCGCGCGCACGUACAGCGCGGGGCUCAAGACGGCGGACGUGCCCAUCGAUUUCUCCGCGGACUACGCGUCGCCGCGCGACAACAACGGCCAUGGCUCCUGGUGCUCCGGCGCCGCAGCGGGCAACGCGGGAAUCCAGGUGCGCGUGGGCGGAACCUCGUACGGGGCCGCGUCGGGGAUCGCGCCGCGCGCGCGCAUCGCGAUGUACAAGGCGAUGUGGAAGCUGGUGGGGUACGAGGGCGCCUCGGGCGCCAUGAGCGACGUGUACGCAGCCGUCGAUCAGGCCGUAUCGGACGGCGUGGAUGUGGUCUCCAUCUCCGUGGGCGGCGGGCUGGGGAGCUACUUUGAUGACGUCACGUUCGUGACGGCGGCCAAGGCGGGUGUGUUCGCGGCGCUAGCGGCGGGCAACCAGGGCAUGCCGCCGCUGUCGCCGUCCGUGUUCGCGACCAUCGACAACUACUCGCCCUUCUACCUCACAGUCGGCGCCAGCGGCACGGACCGGCGGUACAUGGCAACGCUGACGCUGGGGAACGGGGUGCAGCUGCAGGGGCUCAGCUGGGGCGGCAACAACAAGCAGAUGAGCAUCGUUGACGGCUCCUCCGCUGUCAAGCCCUUCGCCAGCACCACCAAGGCGCGGCUGUGCUACUCCACGUCCCUCACAGCCUCCAAGGUGGCGGGCAAGAUCCUGGUGUGUGCGCGGGGGGAGAACACGCUGGGGGACAAGCUGCAGGCGGCCACGGCGGCGGGCGCAGCAGCGCUGGUGAUUGCCAACGUGGCGGGCGGGGUGAACAACACGGUGUUCCUGCGCGCCGCUAUUCCCGUGAUUCAUCUGAAUGCGACCGCAUCGGAGGCGCUGCAGCGAUACAUCUCCACGGGCAGGACGACAGCCCGACUGUCUGCACCAUACGGAGUGGACAAUUUCCUCGCCCCAAUCAUUGCCGACUUCUCCUCCAGAGGACCCGUCACCAACCCUGCGCUGCCUCCCAGCCCUGGGAUCGCCACAAACGACAUCUUAAAGCCCGAUGUGAUGGCUGGGAUCGCCCUGCUGAUGCUGCAGAAACACCCUGACUGGACACCUGCUCAGGUGAUUUCAGCAAUGAUGUCGACAGCGACGCUGAGGACGAACCAGGGAGGGCCGAUACCAUCAGGAGAGACAGGGAGCGCUGCCACGCCGUGGGACAUGGGAGCUGGGCAUAUCAAUCCGAGAAAGGAUGCGGGGAAAGCGGCAGGGCUGUUUUCGAGUCUCGGGAAUCUGAGCCCGAUUCCUGCGUACAACCUCAACAGAGCGUCGAUUUCGGUGUGGGACCUGGCGCGCAAGCAGCUGGGCGCGUCUCUCAAGUGGUCUACAAACGUCACUGCGCUCGCAGUUGCUCCCAGCUCUGAUUUCAUAUACAUAGGCGACGAGGAGGGGGCGAUGAAUGUGCUGGAGUAUACACCCAAUGGCAAGCCAAGCAGAGCGGCCAAAAGCGGCAGCGACGGCCCUGCAGGCGAACUCUCUAUCAAGCCGUACCGUGUGCCCAUCACUGCCACUCUCGGUCCCCUCAUCUCCUCGGGUGCGCUGGAUGCCCCUGCCCCUCUUGUUGCGAUUCUCCCUCAGCCCUCCGCGCCACACAACAGAGUGCUGCUGGCGUAUUCAAAUGGCCUGCUGGUCCUGUGGGACCUGCAUUACCUGCAACCAGUGGCCAUCAGAGGAGGCACUCGCGCCCAACGCGCAGCCUUCCUCGAUGCCUCUGCUGCCGCCGCCGCCGCCGCCGCUGCCGCUGCUGCUGCUGAAGCCGCCGCAGCAGAGGGGAAGAAAGGCAAGAAGGGCGGGAAGGGGGGAGGUGGAGCAGGGGGCGGAGGCGACGGGGGGAAGGGGGGCGGGGUGAUGGAUGAGAGGGAGAGGGAGCGAGCGCUAGAAGGGGAGGAUGUGGAAGGGAAGGAGGUGUGCAGCGUGUGCUGGGCUUGCCAGCAGGGGGCAGUGGCAGCAGUGGGGUAUACAGACGGAGAUGUGGCCUUGUGGGGUUUCCCUGUACUAUCCAGCAGCAGCAGCGCCAGUACCACUGGUAUCACCGGCCCUGCUGCAGCAGCAGGCGCGUCUGGGACCAGCAGCGGCGGAGCGGGAGGAGGAGCGGGAGGAGCAGGGGGAGCGGGAACCAGUGGCAGUGGCGGCGGGGGCGCGGGAGAGCCUAUACCAGCCGCGUUGCUAGCAGAUACGCGGGCAGAGGUUCUAGGGAGGCCGUUGAGGAAGGUGUUUGUGGCGAGGGGCAAGGCGGAGAGGUUGCCUGUGACGAUCCUGAGGUGGUGCUGUGACAGUGACGCGUGGGGCAAGAAGGCCAGCAAGGGCGGCUAUGCGGGUGGUGGGCGGCUGUAUGUGUUUGGAGGAGAUGUGCUGGGCGCGCCUGAGACUGUCUAUGUCGUAGCCUUGGGCUCUCUCCCCUCGGGCCUACCAGAGCUAUCAGGCACAAAGCUCCCCUGGUUCGGUCCCGUAGCAGACAUCCUCAUAGCACCAGACGUGCCUGCCAAGCCCCGCCCCAAGGAGGCUGGCAAGAAGCCGGGAGCAGCGCUGAUGGUGCUCACUAUCCCGGGUCAAGUGCAUCUGUAUGACGAGUACGGAAUCGAGCUGUUCUUUUCUGGCAUUUCGGCUCCUCCCGCUGCUCCUGCUGUGGCUGGAGCAGGAGCGUUGGCUUCAGCAGCAGCAGCUGCGGUUGCGGAUGCAGCCAUCAUGUCCAUUGCUGAGCCCCACUCCAUUGCUGCUCAAGUGCUGCUGCGGCUGCCCCGCACAGCAGGCUCGCGCUGUCCAGCGCACCUCUCGCACGGCACGGAGUGGCCGGUGUCCGGGGGCACCAUGGCGGAGUCAACGGAGCUCAUAGCGGACCUGGGCCUCUGCCUCUUUGUGUCGGGCCACCACAACGGCCUCGUGCAUAUCUCCGAUGUCUCCACGCCCCUCCUUGCGCCCCUCGUCUCUGCCAUACCUAUUGGCUUCCCGAUGGAGCCCUACGAGCCGGUGACAGCGCUGGACUUCUGCCCUGCAUCAGGGCUUCUAGCAGUGGGGCACGGCGAUGGGCUGGUGCAGCUGUUUGUGCUCAGCGCUGCACCCAGCCGCGUGUGGGUGUGGACGGUGCGCGAGGCCACGGAGGUGGACGCGCCUCUCAAGGCCGCGGAGGAUGGCACUGCUAUAGAUGUUCAGGACGGAUUCGUCUACAAGAAAGAGGCCACGGAGGUGGACGCGCCGCUCAAGGCUGCUGAGGAUGGCACUGCUAUUGACGUCUCUCUCAUCGACCUCACCACCUUCAAGCUCGUCUUCCAGUACGUCAUGCCUCGCCCCUGGAACGCCCCACCUCUCUCCAUCUCCUCCAUCUCCUUCGCGCACCUCCCCUCCGCCUUUGCUGCUGCCAGCGCCAUGAGCCUCCUCACUCCCGGAACCUCCCGAUCCACUGCCCCUAGCAUUCCCGGUCUCGGUGCUAACGACAGCAGCACCGGCAGCACCACGCCUGCUUCUUACUCCACCUCCACCCCCGGCCGUAGCGUUGACUCUACCACCUUUCCCGGGCUGCUCUCUCCUGUUUCAACCCCCUCGGCGUCGUCGUCUGCAGGGGGGCUGCUGCUAAGAGGCCCGGUGAAGCUCAAGGAUGCGUCGCCUGCUGUCACCAUGCUGCUGCUGG